GUUAGAGAUUUUCUGACGAACGUGGUCCACAGGUCUGGUUCUCCAAACCUUGUAUUAAAUGGAGGCAUAAACCAAGAGGUUGUCAGUAACCGUAUUGUUCUCUUUGUUUUCGCAAGGCAUACAUUUUGUAGACAUUUUAAUACGUAUUUUUAACCAUUCACACGCCCUGAAGGAUUUCAACACCGCUAUUGUGGAAAGUGGGUUUCCGUGAAAAUUAGCUGCUGUACGGACGAUUUGAUUUAGAACACAAGACUUCUCAAGAAUACUACCGUUUUUGGGGGGGAAAUUUGGGGCUACCCGAAAUUCGCGUGUCCCUCGAAAAUGAUACCGAAUUCAGACUUUUAUGUUAGACUUCUUUGGUGUUUCACAGGUGUCAUGGUUUGUCACGCUCAGGAAGAGUGUGGUCAACCACCCAUGGGCAACAGGAUUGUGGGAGGAGUAGAUGCAUCAAUGGGGGCAUGGCCGUGGCAAGUGGAUAUUCAGACAGCGAAGGAUGGCCAUAUCUGUGGAGGCACCAUCAUCACUAAGGACUGGGUGCUGUCUGCUGCCCACUGCUUCCCAAAUCAGUUCGACGUGUCGGGCUACACCCUCUAUGUUGGCCGUCACCGGCUCAACAGCUGGAACCCUAACGAGAUAUCGUACCUCGUGGAGCGCGUCGUGAUCCCGUCCGGCUACUCUGACCCAAGUUUGGGACAGGACCUGGCCUUGGUGCAGCUGCAGAGACCCAUCGUCUGGUCGGCGUAUGUCCAUCCUGUUUGUCUUCCUGACGCCGGGACACUGUUCCCUGGGGACCUUCCCUGCUACAUCACAGGCUGGGGAAACAUCCGCGAUGGGGUCGCUCUGAGUGGAGUGGGAACACUGCAGCAAGUGCAGGUGCCAAUCAUCUCGUCGUCUUCCUGUCAGUUGAUGUACGACCUUAACCCAUCGGAGAAAGUGGACAUCCGUUCUGACAUGAUUUGUGCCGGUUAUCAAGAGGGGGGCAAGGACUCCUGUCAGGGGGACUCUGGAGGACCCCUGGUCUGCCAGAUGGUGAACGGAACCUGGGUGCAGGCUGGGGUGGUGAGUUUUGGCCUGGGCUGUGCCCAUGCCAACCACCCCGGCGUCUACGCCAAGGUGUCCACCUUCUCCAGCUUCAUCCAAAGCAACAUACCAGAGAUCAGUCUGUAUGGCCGGGUCGGUCCCAACUGGGCCAGCUCCCUGACAGUGCUGGCUAGCUCCCUGGCCACUUUACUGAUGGGCCAGCUGCUAAGAUAGGGCUUCCUAAAAGAGCCAGAUCUUAAAGGGACAUUCUAUGUAAUUUGCCAUGAACCUGGUUUUACACUUAACUUGGCUGUAGUAGAUUACUGUUUUAGGUAAUAUUCUGCUUAAUUUUUUAUUUACCAUAUUAAUAACAUGCCAAAACAACUUUUUGACCAAACUGACUCAAAAUGUGACCACUUAUUUCCCACGUAAGCAGAAAUUCCGUCUUUCUGGUUCAAGAUGCGUGUAAAACCAGGUAAAUGUGUCAAAUUUCAAAGGAAUUUUGCUUUAAAGGAAAGGGCCGAACCUGUGGUGGCAAACUAUACUACGUUUUAAUAUGUAUAUGCAACUCCUAACAAAUUCAAGUGAUUCUGAAUAUACAAGAUAUCGCUAAUCAGCAGAUAAAACGGUGAUAUUAUGGGUAUUUAGAACGAAUGAAAUGUAAAGCCAUGUUUGUCGAUCUAUUUUAGCACAUUUUAACAUGUCAUGUAAAAUGUAACAUCAAGUUUCUUUAUAAUUUUGAAUGAAUGUAAAUAAAUGAUUACAAAUGUCAGUCAUUUAUAAGAACUGUCACUUA